AUAAGCGAUUUAGAAAUGGCUGCCACCGGUCAAGAAGAGAGUCUGGCUGAGGGUUUAAGGAAAAGAACAGUGAAAAAGGAAUCUGUCACUGAAAAGACAACUGAAAAUAUUACUGAAGAAACUUCAGUCUCACACUCAGCAAAGUCUCCUGUUGUGACACAAACUGACAAGAUAGAAAAUGGCUCAUACUGGCUAACAAGAAUUCUUCUUUUGAGAUACCUCGGAUUUAUUUAUUUUGUGGCAUUCUUGGUCGCUCAACACCAGAACAAACAAUUAAUUGGAUCUUACGGUCUCCUACCAGCUUCAUCUUUCUUAGAUGAUGCAAAAAGGCGAACACGUGGACGAGUGAAGUGGUCAACAUUCCUGAAAGUGCCUUCAUUGAUAUGGUUGUUUGACUAUGAUGAAGUACUGGACGAAGUGUUGGACUACAUAGCUUAUGCCGGACUUGGUUUAUCGAGUUUUCUCAUCCUUAAUGGAGGAGCUAACUGGUUUAUUAUGUUUGUUCUGUGGGCAUUGUAUCACUCGCUUGUUAAUGUUGGACAGAGAUGGUAUGGAUUUGGAUGGGAAUCACAGUUACUGGAGACAGGAUUUCUGGCGAUAUUUUUAUGUCCGUUAUUUGACAUAGAUCCUCUGCCAAGAUUCACACCAACAUCACGAGUUACAAUCUGGGGAUACAGAUGGCUUAUUUUUAGAAUAAUGCUUGGUGCCGGACUAAUAAAAAUAAGGGGAGACAAAUGUUGGAGGGAUCUCACCUGUAUGAAUUACCACUAUGAGACACAGCCUGUGCCCAAUCCUAUGGCUUACUACAUGCAUCAGACUCCAGACUGGUUCCACAAGUUUGAGACUGGUUCUAACCAUUUUGUAGAGCUUGUUGCACCACUGUUACUCUUAAUGCCAACUCCAAGAAUCUGUAAAAUGAUUGGUGGAGCUAUACAGAUACUUUUCCAGGUAGUUUUAAUAAUCAGUGGAAAUCUCAGUUUCCUGAAUUGGUUGACAAUAUUACCAAGUCUGGCCUGUUUUGAUGACUCCAGUAUUGCAUGGAUGUUCUCAAAAUCCAUGCGGAAGGAAGUCGCUGCCAUUCAGCAUGAAGAAAAAUCAGGGAAAGCCCCAAAACUUAAAGCAGGGAACUACAUUAGGAGAAUUUUCAACAUUUCUGUGGCAGUUUUGCUCAUCUACCUAAGUAUACCUGUGGUUCAGAAUCUCAUGUCGAAGAAACAACACAUGAACACGUCGUUUGAACCAUUUAGACUGGUCAACACUUACGGUGCAUUUGGCAGUGUUACCAAGGAGAGAUCUGAGGUCAUAUUUCAAGGAACACAUGGUAAACCAGGAAGUAAAAAAACUAAAUGGUUGGAAUACGAGUUUAAAUGUAAACCUGGCAGAAUAACACGGCGGCCAUGUUUGAUCUCACCAUAUCAUUAUAGACUUGACUGGUUGCUAUGGUUUGCUGCAUUUCAGAACUAUCAGACCAAUCCUUGGAUAGUGACUUUAGCUGCGAAAUUGCUUCAAAAUGAUACUGAGACCAUGACACUGUUAGAUCAUAAUCCAUUUAAAGAUACACGCCCUCCAAAGUAUAUUCGUUUACAACAUUACAGUUAUAAAUUCACAAAAAUAGGCAGUAAAGAUGCCCAACUUGGACGCUGGUGGAAGAGACGUCUAGUUGGGGAGUAUAUGGAGGCCGUAAACAGCCGUACAGUACUUAGUAUCUUAAGUAGUUUGAGACUUGAUAUGCCGAAAAAACGAAAUCAGAAAAGAAAGUCUUGAUAAUUCAUGUUCUCGGGGAUCUUUUAUGUGUCAUUUUCAUGUUGUUUGUAGUCAUCAUCCGCUUAUUUAAGACAUUCCUUUAUUUAUAUAUGUUUGUGUUAGGUAUUAUAGAAUUUCUUUUUAAUAGUAGGUGAAAAAGUAAAGACUCGAGGUUAAAUUCCUGCCCAUCUGAAUUCUGAACCAUACUAUAUAUAAACUGUGUUAAAACCUUGAUUAUUCAAUAAUUACAUUGUUUAUAUAUUAAUGCAUUUUCAGUCGUAUGUUGUGAUGUUAUCUGAUUUGAUUGCAUUUCCAUUCCAUGAUUCUGUUGUUAAUUAGGUACUUAAGCUGCUUUUUAGACUUUAGUAACAUAUAUUAUUUAUUAAAAGUUUAUUUAUAUGUAUCUGGUAAAUGCAAACUUUAUUCUGUCUUUGAUAUAUUUACAUGUUGAUUAUUAGAUGUAGAAUUUCAAAUUAUAUGGACAGGAUUUGUCCAAGGUGGAUAAAAUGUCCCCUGUACUUUUUCAAAGAUACCUUAAUUUUCUAUUUAUUCUGUUUAAAAAUGGUUGAUUUUGUCCACCUUUGUCAAAAUAACUUGGGAAGAUUUCAUAUGUAUGAUGUCUGAUCUUAAUAAUGGUUAUUAAAUGCAUGUAUAUAUAAGUUAAUAAUGCCAUAUAGGGUUAGAAUGUAAUAAUCACGGGGUGUAAAGUAGCUUUUGAAUAUUAUCCUGGGUUUUCAUAAUAGGUCAGUAGAAAUACUUAUGUAAGGAUGUACCAAAUGUUCACAUAAUUUGGCUAUUCAGUUUGAACCUACUUUAGCAGCCACCUGUAUUAAACAGCCAGUUGUCUGAAGGAGCCAGUCAGCCAGCUUCUUAAAUUGACUAUUUAUUCUGAUUUCAACUUGUCUAAAGCAACCACCUGCCAUAAGCAAUCAAAAUGCUGUGCUUUCUUUGCAGGCUGCUCAAUAGAGGUCUGUCUACAUAUUCUUAAAUUACAUUAGGUAACGAUAAUCAAUGUUAACCAGUGAUGUUCCUACUAUCAUGCUUUUGUUAUUUGUUCUUUAUCACAUUGUUAAUUGGUUUAAGUAUUCUUAAUAAGAAUGACACCAUAGCUGGUAAAAAAAACUUUGAAGAAAAUAGAUCAUUGGGUCUACAUGUAUCGGUACUAAAUGCAUACCAUUAAUGAUCAGUCUUGUUUAUUUCACAUCUCAUGUAUUCUUAAAUCUGAUUUUAAUUUGCUCUGUGCGGAAAGAAAAACCAUUCCUGUGUUCUUUUUUUAUGUUUGUAUGCAUAAUAAAUGAAAUUUUAAGCUGU